AAGCCUGCACGCUUAAUAAUUUUACAUUUUACAUACAGUAUCUCAUAAAAUUCCAAGAAUCAUUAUUUCGCAUGAUCUUUGAUCAAUAAACUUUGUCCCAUUCAAAAAUAAAACCAAGCCUGCGCUUUUAUGAUUUAAGCACACGUACAUACAUAAACUAAUACGGUUAUAAAACAUAAUUUCCAUAAUUUCGUUCGUGUCAUCUUAAUAAAAAAAAUUAUCUCUAACAAUGGAAAGUCAUCCUCCUUCAAAUCAUCCCCCAUUCCAUCGGGUUCGUUUCUUAUUUUACCUUAUACGAUGACCAAGACUUGUUUUUGUGAUAUCAUUUUUAUUUUGGUUUUAUUUGUUGUCUGUAUACAGCAGCAGACUCGUGUUCUGAAACUGGAACCCAAAUGUUGUAACGAAUGUGCGAGGAAGGUGAAACGAGCCAUGCUAAACGUUGAAGCAAUGGUGGAUCUAUGAAUAGGAGUGCAUUCGAUAAAGGUUAAUGCAAACGAGGGGACGAUAGAAGUAAACAGUGAGGUCGACCCACAAGUGCUUAUCGCAAUGGCAGCUAAAGCCGGCAAACGAGCCGAGCUUUUGUGGGAACCUGAACCAGAGUCUCCUGAUGACAUUUCGACGGUAACACCUCCGCUCGCCAUGCCAUCAACUUGCCGACGUCAGGUCCAUAUCAGCAACUUUGACGGAUUUGAACAGACAGUACACCUACAGAACUUGGUUGAUAAGAACGCUCGUGGGAUCAAACACAUGGAUAUUAUCGACAAGAGGGUCAUCAGAAUAACGUUUAAGGAGUCACAUGAUGAUCCCAGUAGCGACCACUCACUGGACUCACCAUCUCCAAUCGCACCACCGUCCUCUGACCCUAAGAAUAGCAAUGGCGGUGGUGGAGAGGCCAGUGGUUCAGGUGCUUGUGGUAAUGUUGGGGCUCCUGCUACUGCUGCUGAACCAACCCCCAAGAUCAACGAUGCUCCUUGUAACGGUAAAGCAGCAGAACCUCCGCUUGCUAGUGUGAAUUGCAGCAGCAGAGGGAAUAGUUGUCGUUUGAUGUAAAGUA